UGAAGAGAGUUUCAUGGAGGCUUUGCUGAGGCACCUGAAGAACAUCCUGGAGUUACUGGCGGUGUCUCAGACGGACGGCGCGCGUGAAUGGGACCAUCACACCGUACAGCGGGCGUUUCAGUGGGCUGAGUACUGCGAGCAGCUCCACUCCCGCUUCCAGUCAAACCCUACGGUUCGAUCCGCACUGGAGUCCGGUCUGAAUGACACCAACCAGCGCCUGCAGGAAACUCUGCCGUCGUACUCUCCAGUCAUGUUCUCUGACCUGGCUCAGUGUCAGCACAAACUGCUCGUUCAUUUACUCAGAAACCCUUACGCGCCGAACUCCGUUAUACACAUGCUUUGUCCAGAUCCCAAAAUUGCUGCACAGGAAUUCCAGAUUGAUCAAAGCAGCUUCAUUACAUGCAGAUCUGCGUUUAAUCUGUUAUGCUGCACGUUGGACAGGAAUACUCAUGCUGGGUUACAGGUUGAAGUAGAAGUGAGAGGCAAAUUGCUCGGGAAACUCUUAAACUCUUUAUUAACUCGUUCUGGCAAUGACGAGUAUGCGAGAACAGUGCUGGAUUCCAUCCUUCGUGACAGCGCGGGAAAAAUGGAAAGCCUUUAUGACAUCAUAGCGGCCGCGCUCCUCUCCAGUAAUGACGAAAAGAACGCUGUCACUCAGAACUUUAUCCUCGCCUGGCUUCGAGAUCACGAUGGAUGUUUGAGUAAACUGUGCAAAACGCUGUCCCCCGGGGUUUGUACUGUCCUCUCCCGACAGUCUCCAGAGUUUAAACAGGCAUAUUGGGGUGUUUUGAAACAGUGGGCGUCCUGUUUGGAGUAUGACGUCUUGGAGAGCGUUUGGGUGCCGACGUCAGACGCGUCAGUGACGUUUAAUGUACUGGCUGAUCGAUUCAAAGAUUUAUUAAAUUCAGGACCACCAUUAAAAGAGGACACUGACACUGAGCUUAAAGCGCUCAAACUGGAAAGUGGGGACUUUAAUGUAAAAGGCAUUAAUAUAUGGACAGAUCUAAUCAUUCAACUGAAGCUGUAAUUACAUCAGAUUGGAAGUUAAUUCAAUAUUAUUAACAUUUUAUGUUAAUUAAACUAAUGGUAAAUGUGUUCUAUUUAAGGUUAGAAGUGUGUGCAUUUCCCCCCAUACGUUUUAUAAUUAUUAAUAGCCUAUAUUUGACAUGUUUUUAUAUUUUUACUUUUAUUUAUUUAUUUUGUCAUUACUAAGAGCCAGCAAUUAUAAUAGCCUAUUCAUUUUUUGAUAUCUUUCCUUUUCAUGUGUUUUUCUUGGAAUUAGAAACAAGAAAUGUUUGCCUUUUUUCGUAAUUUAUUAUAUUUUUGUUAUUUUAUGUAUUGUAAUCAUUUCAGGUAUUGUUGUUUUUAUUGUACUAUUGUUAUUAUUUUAUAAGAGCCAUCACAAUAUUGAUUUUUAAUUUUGUUUCUCCAUACAUUUUGUCGUUUUUCAUAAUUUAAAUUUUUAAACGCGAUUUUUGUCUCUCGUUGAGAAAAAUAUACAGAGAAAGAAAGACACUUUUUACCUUGUUCUCAUGAAGCCUCAGGCUCCCGGCAGACAGGGGGCGACAGCGCUCUUUACAACAUCACCCGUGCGCUUUAUUUGAGAGCUCCGUUCUUAGUUGUAUUUUAUUUACGGCUGAAUAAAUAAUAAAGCUCUUAAACUGUA